UGAGGAACUCCCACAAUGUUUUAUGGUGGUUGCGUCGGUGAGCUCUUCGCUUUCAAGAUUAGCUUGAAUGGACGGAGGUGAAAGGUGGAUGUACAAUCGCGUUCAUAAUUCUUACAUUUUCUGUGAAACUCUUCUGAUCGUCCAAUGAGUCUUCUUCGUCUCUUGCCCGUGAUCUGGGCUGUUUCUGUAAAGGCAGAUUUUUUCCAGUUUGAUAGUAUUUCAAACGUAUCAACAUAUUAUUUUAAUUAUAUUUACUGUAAUAUCUGGGAGGGGGAGUGUCAACCGCACCAGGAUGAUGCUACCCAGCAAGUGCCUUCAGGGGAUUUCUGGUCAGUGUUCCCACAGGACUACAUGCGAACGUUAUCAGAGUGGUAUUGCAGUCUUGGACAGUGCUGCGACACAGGAGACUGUCGGAUUACAAAUAAUAUCACAGGAUUGGCGAGGGAUCUGGAGAUAAGGCUUCACGGGCAGCACCUAGUCCAGUCUGUUGUCCUGAAGGCAGUACAGGGCUUCAUUAGCAACCCUGAUCCAAACAAGCCCCUGACCCUGUCCUUCCAUGGCUGGUCUGGGACUGGCAAGAACUUUGUGGCCCGGCUUGUUGCGGACAAUCUGUACCGGGACGGAGUGAAAAGUGAAUGUGUGCGCCUGUUCAUUGCCCCAUUCCACUUCCCACAUGCCAAGCUGGUGGAUGUGUACAAGGGCCAGCUGAGGGAGGCAGUCCGUGACACGGUUCUGCGCUGCCAGCAGGCACUCUUCAUCUUUGAUGAGGCAGAGAAGCUGCACCCCGGCCUUAUUGAUGCAGUCAAGCCAUACAUGGACCACUAUGACAAUGUGGAUGGGGUCAACUACAGAAGGGCCAUCUUCCUCUUCCUAAGUAAUAUUGGUGGGGCAGCGAUCAAUGAUGUAACGUUGGACUUCUGGCACUCGGGGCAGAACCGAGAGGACAUUGGAAUGGAGGACUUGGAGCACCGGAUACGUUCUGAAGCUGUUGAGUCCCAAGGAGGCUUUGCUCAGAGUGAGUUAAUGUCUGGUCACCUGAUUGACUUCUUUGUGCCAUUCUUACCACUGGAGUACCGGCAUGUCAAGCUGUGUGCCCAAGACGCUUAUGCUGCCCGUGGCCUGCAGCCCAGUGAAGCCACACUGGAUGAGGUGGCCAAGGCUAUGAUGUAUGUGCCCAAGGAGGAGAAGCUCUUUUCUGCUCAGGGCUGCAAAUCCGUUCCCCAAAGGAUCAAUUUCUUCCUGCCCUAAGGGGACAGGUCCAGGUCCAUCACAUAAACACUCCCCAGGAAGUGAUGGAAUGACAACAAUGGAGGGAGGGGUUGUAUCUGACUUACACUAUGUCCAUGGGCAUGGAAUAUUCCACCCCUCACGCCAUGAUGCUGUGAACUGGUGGUUGGUGCAGAGUCUGGUUUCUCUUCACCAUGUUCACCAACCAAAUGAAGGACACUGCACUGUUAGCAACAUGUAUUUGUUUGCUGUUUUUUUUCUUCUUCUUUGUUUUAAAGUUUAUUUCAUAUCCAGUCUGCUCACCAGUCUUGCAUUGAUGUGUCCUGAUUGGUACACAAUAGACUGGUCCAGCUCAGGUCAGUUCUAGAGCCACUUGUAGGACUUAGACUCGGCAUCUACAAUGGCUUUUAUCCCCUAUUUUUUCCAGGUACUAUUGAUGUAUAAUGAAUGAAUGAAUGAAUAUACUUAUGUAUUGUUUUAACGCACAUUGGUUUCACAACUGUAAAGUUUUUUAUUAUGCUUCAUGAAACUACUACCAGCUUAAAUUAAACUUGAGUUUAGGUCAUUAACACUCAUUCAUGAAGUGUAGUGUGUGGCACACACCAUGACACUCCUCAUAUGCAUUGACUGUGUAGAUCUGGCUGGUGGACUGCAGAGUAGUUGAAAGUAGCAGCUGGUGUUAACAGGAAGGAAGAGGAAGGUUUGAAAGCAAUAACUUUUUUCAGUUUUUUAAUGUUUAUAUUAUGUGUUUUUGAUGGGCGUGGAGUCUUUUUAAUGUGUGCUUGAAGAUGGCAGUAGAUAUUUAUUUUGAUUGUAGAUGUGAUUGGACUUUUUGACUCAGUAGAAGGUUAUUUAAUGGUUUCACAUGUCAGGGAAGGUCAAAAUGUGGGUGUUUACUUGUAAUCUUGAAUUUGAUUAUAAUUUUAUUGUAAACUGUUUUUUAAGAAUGCAUGUUUUAUUUUUUUCCAGUUGUGACAUACAAUAUAUUUUUUGAGAUGGGCACAUUUGACAUUUUUCAUGAAGCUAAACAUGAUUUUUCAAGACUUGGAUUUAAUUAUUUUCUAUCUGAAGUUUUUUCUUGAAUUAACCAGGUUGAUUCAUACAUUCACAUACAGUUGUACUGUAUUGGGAAUAAUUACAUUUUAUUCCAUCACCAUCAAGUGAUGACUGGCUUACUGCUAAAUGAUGGUUUGACUAAUCAAUUUAUGUUACUCUGUGUUUUUAGGUGAAUAUUCUAUGUUUUUAUGUCUCACUAUUUUGCUUUGUUGUAUUUGGGCAAUUGUGACAUGUACACAAUUACGAAUACAACUUGUAUUAAAAUUGCUGCUGGCAGUUUUCACCGCUGUAAAGCUAAAUAAUGUCAUUCAUUGAUUGGUGUUAACAUUUUCAUGAAACAGACUUUUAAAUGUCUAAUAUAUUCAUUAAAAUGUUUUUUGGGGGAAAUAUUCAAAAACAAAAUCAGUUUCAUGACAAGGUUUCAAAUGAAGGCUGUGAAGAACUGUGUCGAAGCAGCUAAUGUGUGAUGUGCCAUUGUCAACGUUGUAUAGGUGACAGAUACAACCUGCUCUUCCAGUGUUGAACGCAUUUGCAUUGAAACUCCACAUCCACAUCCACAUGCCAGAUCAGUUGACACAUUUGCGCUAUUUCCUUUUCCUUUGCUGAGCUGUGAAAGAACAUGAUUAUCAGACCAGCAUUGUAUAUUGCGUGUAGGUAUAAAGUGAUACUGCAUGGAAAUAUUGAUUGAAGUGUCAUUGGUUAACCAACAGAAACUGAAUUUAGGAAUUUUAAAUGUGUUGACAUAUUUUAUGACCAUUGAAAGACCAGUGUUGAUCAUUUGACCAAGGAAAAUAUUUGCCCAUGAGUGAAAUGGCAGUUUAAUUGUUAUCCAUCAGUCCACCAUCAACUAAGUCUGCAGAAAUCAGUUCUUUACAAACUGUUGUUUGUUUGACUGGCUGAAAUGUGACAGUUUGGCAGCAUUUGGGAAUGAUCCAUCCUGGACUUUUGCAAAAUGCCCCAUCAUGCAAUUCAUCAUUGGAUUUGUUUGUGGUUUCAUUUGACACCCGUACUGUACGUGUUGUGACAAUGGUUGAUGGACUCAUUACUACUGUAUUAUAUUUUUAUUCCCCACUUUUAUUCAAAUUAUUAAUUUAUAGUGUUGUCUGAUUGAUGUAAACACAUUAUCAAGUCUCAUCAUGGAGGAAAGGAACAUUUAUUGCACUGGAAUAAUAAUGUAAGUGGACUGAAUAUAGGUGAGCAAUUUUGGAUUAUUUUGUUUUAAGCAGCUUUCUGGUUAGUACUAUAUUUUAUUUAAAUGUAUUGCUAAGUUUAUUACACUGUAUGUGAACUAAAAGUAUAAAUGUUUAUUCUCAAACCAGGCUUCCAAUUAUUCUUCAUAAGUUUUUUUCUGGUGGCAUUAUGGCUGCUGGACCAUGAUGCCUCAAGACAGUCAGAUGAAGAAUAACUGUUGAGCAGAUACGUUGAUUGUAGUCCCAAACUAAAAUUGAGCACCUUUUUAGAGUUAUUAGGCAGAUGGUUUUUAUUGCAUUGUCAGUUAUGUCAGCAUUGCCUCAUUGGUACAGGAAGAGUGUGUCCCCACGCUUGACCCUCGUGGCCUGGCCCUUAGGCCGGGGCUGUGUUGAGCGACGUAGAGAUGUUGGCUGUGAAAACAUGACUGCACCUGCAUGUCUACCUCAGAGGUGGAUAACGGAUUUACUCAAAUGAGGCACUAGUUAAUGAAUUAACAUGCAGUUUAUUUAGGAGAAAACUCCUAACUUUUUUACUAACACUUUAUUCACAUGGGUGAAAUCAGAGAUGCAUACAGAUAGAGGCAUACAUGAUUGUGCACCAUGGUCUCCCCUCUAUUAAUGCCAUUAAUGUCAGUUAUUUUAAUGAUUAAGACCACUUAUUCCAAUGGAAAGACUGCACAAACAUUGUACAGAACAUUUAGGAAAGAUAUACAGUGUCAUGAAAAAGUAUUUGCUCCCUUCCUUUCCUCUACUAUUGCAUAUUUGUCACACUGAAUGGUUUCAGAUCUUUAGACUAAAUUAAAUAUUAAACAACGGGAACCUGAGUAAACACAAAAAAAGUAGUUGCCCUUUAGCAGCAAUGACUGCAAACCCUUCCUAUAAUUUGAUAUCAGUCAGUCAUCUCUGUUGAGGAAUUUUAAUCCACUCUGUUGCUUUAAUAAAGACAGUAGGUAGAUUUCUGAGCAUUAACUGUUUUUUCAGGUCCACAUCUCUAUUGGACUCAAGUCAGGACUUUGACUAUUAUGCUUCAGCUCAUUCUAAAUCAUUUUCAGGUACUGAGCAGAAUUAAUGGUUCCUUUAAUAAUGGCAACAAACCAUCUCCAGACCACACUACCACCAUGUUUGAGUGUUGCUAUGAUUUCCUUACUAUAAAGUGCUGUAUUUACUUAAUGGACCUGUAUUAUUAAAAAUGUUACACUUUUGACUAAA